AUGACACAGUAUUUUGAAAAUUUUGAUGAAUUUCUUAAAGAAAUAGAUCUGGAAAAUUAUGCCUCGUUUGUAAAAGAAAAUGUUUCAAAUGAGGCCAAAAAAUAUGAUGAGAAUAUUUGUGCUCAGGAUUUGAGAAAUUUAGCCAAAUGUUUACCGAGGGUGUCGGGUGUUUGGUAUGAUUUGCAUAAAAAUAGUUGGGAAGCUAGAUGGACUGAUAGAGGGAAAUCAGCAAGAAAAUAUUACUCUGUUCAGAAAUUUGGAUUUCAUGAAGCAAGGAAGUUAGCCAUAAAAACUAUUCAAACAAAAGAAAUUAAUUAUUUAUGUAAUAGCAUAAAUGAGAAUUAUGAUAGACCAUUAAAAUGGAAUUUAACUAGUGAUUUUUUAGAAAUUACUCGUGAUCCAACCAUUAACUUGAAAAAAAAAUCUAGAUCUAAAAAUUGUCGAAUCAAAGCCAAAAAGGGUACAGAAAAAAACACGCUCUUAAUAAAAUCAACUAGUAAUAAUAAUAAUAAUAAUAAUAAUAUGAAUGGUAAAUGUAGUGAUAAUGAAAAUGAAUAUAAAAAUAAAAAUAAAAAUAAAAAUGAAAAUGAAAACAAAAAUGAAAAUAAAAACAAAAAUGAAAAUAAAAACGAUAUUGGAUAUAUUUAUGAUAAUAUUAAUAGUAAGAAAACGAAAUAUGAAAGAAAAUGUAUCCAUACAACAAAUAGUAAAAAAAAAAACUCAAAUGAUGUUCUUAAAAUAAACUACUAUGAGGAUUUUCAAAACGAAAAUAUAUCUCAGGAAAAUGAUGAAAAGAAAAGAAGUAUUGGAAAAAAGACUUGUGAUAAUUUUUCCAUUAAAAACAUAGAAAACAUUAAAUAUUCGUACGAAGAAAAUUUUGAAGAAAAUAAUAAUAGGGAAGAAAAUUUGAAUUUGUUUACUUCAAUAGAAACUGAAAAAAAUGAAACAAAUGGAAGCAGCUAUAUUUUUAUAAGUGAUUCAGUAUCAUAUAGUAAUAAAAAAGAGAAUGACAAAUCAGAAUAUGCUCAUCACAUGGAUAUAGAUAGUAGGAGCAAUAGAAAGAACGAUACAAGUGAAAGAUUAAAUGAGAAAUAUAUAAAUGAAAAUAAUUAUAGUGAUGAAUGGAAUUAUAUGAACGAUACUCAUUUGAAUAAUAUAUUUAAUAUUAAAAGAAUGGAUAACGGAAAUAAUGUAAAUGAAUAUAAAAGAGAUGAUGAUAGUAAUGGUUCUGAAGAUAAAUUAAUACAAAAUAUAAUAAACAAAUGUGAUGAUAAUAAUGAUGAAGAUGAUGCUAGUUGUGGUGGUAAUCAUAAUGGUAAUAAUAAUCGCAACGGUGAUAGUGAAGACGAUGAUGAUGUGUGUAUUAUUAAAAACGUCAAAGAUUCUCACAAGAAUGAACAAUUAUAUUAUAAUACAGAAUAUAAUCAAGGCACCAAGGAAUUCCCACGGGAAGAAAUUUUCAAUUAUAUGUUUAAUCAACAAAAUGUCUUUUCUAAAGAAGAUUUUUAUAAUAAACAAAUAAAUCUUUUAAAAUAUUACAUGAAAAAAGAUAACGAUGAGAUUCAUGAAAAUAAAAUGGGGACAUGUAACGAAUUUAAUUCGAUGAGAAAUUUUGAAAUGGCACAGAAUUGGAGUUCAAAUGAAGCCCACAACUGUGUGCUUAAUGAUUUGACAUGUAAUUCACAUAUGCAUAACGAACAUAUGAGUGAUGGUUAUAUGAAUAACGAUAAUAUGAACAAUGAAUAUAUGUAUAAUAGCUGUGAGAAGAAAAGUAGUAUAAAUAAUGAAUAUAUAAGAAGUUAUUGUAAAGAGAAUAAUUGUAAGAAAGAUUUUUAUGGGAAGAAUACUUAUAGAAAUAGUUUUUGUAUGAACAAUAAAUGUAUGAACGACAUAUGCCUGGGGGAAAAUUGUGAGAAUCAAUUUUGUAUGAACAAAUGUUGUAUGAACAGAUGUUGUAUGAAUAAAUAUUGUAUGAAUAAAUAUUGUAUGAAUAAAUAUUGUAUGGAUAAAUAUUGUACGAAUAAAUAUUGUAUGAAUAAAUAUUGUAUGGAUAAAUAUUGUAUGGAUAAAUAUUGUACGAAUAAAUAUUGUACGAAUAAAUAUUGUAUGGAUAAAUAUUGUACGAAUAAAUAUUGUAUGGAUUAUUGUUGUAUGAAUAAUGUUUGUAUGCACAAUAAUUGCAUGCUUCAUAAUUAUGUUAGAAAUAAUUGUAGUUGUAUAAAAAACACCAUGAAUGAUAUGAAUGGUUCAUCAUAUCAGAUAUUCGAUGAGAACAAGAUGGUUUCUUUUUAUGAAGACUUGAAAAAUAUUGGCCUUAACAAAUUAAAUGGUAAUAAUUCUAGCCUAUUAAAUGAUACUAUUUGUAAGGUAUCUGAUAGUAGUAAUAGUAAUAACUAUUAUAACAAUAGCAAUUUUUGUACAUCUUAUAAAAAUGAUUCUUAUAGUUUUAGUAAUAUUUUCAAGAUUAUUCAAAAAAACACUGACGAUUUUUUAAGGGAAAAAAAAGAUAGGAACAUGCUCACGGAACAUAAUGCUCGUAACAAUAUUUUGCGUCUGUUGACUAGUCAAAUAAAUAGAAAAGAUUAUUCGCCAAACGGAGAAAUGGAAGAUGGACAUGAAGAACAUAAAACUGAAGAAGCAAAAGAAGAUAUGGAAGAUAGUAAAUGUAGAGAAGUUACAGGAAGGUAUUAUAAAUAUAAUGAAUUAGAAGGAGGAGGAAAAGAGGAGGAAGAUGGAAAGCGUGGACAAUCUGAAGUUAAAGAAGAGGAAAAAAAUAAAAAAGAACAAAAAGAAAAGAAAAAUAAUAUAUGUGACGAAUCAGAAUAUGGACAAGAAGAUUAUAAUUGUGGAAAAUUAGAAAGGGAAGAAAAAAAGGGAGAGGACAAAAUUGAUGAAUCGAAAUGUGAAGAGUAUAAAUAUGAAAAAUUGGAAAGAAGAAGGGAAUGUAAAGAUGAAACAGAAAAAUCAAAUGAAAAAAAUAUAUUAAAUGAAGAAAAUAUAUUAAAUGAAAAUGAAAAAUCAAAUGAAAAAGAAAAAUCAAAUGAAAAAGAAAAAUCAAAUGAAAAAAAUAUAUUAAAUGAAGAAAAUAUAUUAAAUGAAGAGAACAAAUCAAAUGAAGAGAACAAAUCAAAUGAAGAGAACAAAUCAAAUGAAAAGAAUGUCUCAAAUGAAGAAUCAGAUGAGCAUAAUCCAAUAAAACAACCUUUCAUAAUACAUAAUUCACUAGAUUCUUUAAAUUCACCAGACAAUUUGCUUAUUUACAAGAAUGCAAUUGUUUUACUUUUAAACGACAUAAAAUUAAAAUGCUUACCACAAUUAGGUAAACAAUUUUCAGAUGUAGGGAGAAUAAUUGAUAAUUAUUUAAUUUAUGUGAAUUCUGUUCUUAAUGAAAACUUUUUAUGCACAUUUGUAAAUUUAUUUGACAUGUGUGUAACAAACAAUACUUUGCCUAGCCAAAUGGACACAAAGAUACAACAUAUUUUUUGUAAUGCCUUAAUAGCUUUCCAUGUUGUAUUUCUGAACCUUUUGCAUAACAAUAAUAAUCAUCUCCUUGAUAAUUAA